AUGAGCGAGAUGCCUGAGGAAUUCACGGACUCAGCAGACGAGUGGGAGGCGCCCGUGCAGAACCGUCCGGAGGUGGAUGACAAGCCGCAGAGAACACAACCCCUUCUAGACAAGUUGGACGGCGAAGAGCGCGAACUUGCUGGGGAGGUGGUCCACGUGGAGUUUCACCUGCCCGACGGGAGGAUUGUACGCCGUGACCAUCUGAUGGGGCAGACUGUCGCCUGUCUCAAGGCGCACCUGGAGGACAUUGACGGCGUGCCUUACGAAGGGACAACACUUUUUCUUGGAGACCGCCCGCUCCUUGACCCGUUGUCGCUGAACGAUUUGCCCUUCAAGGGCGGGGAGUGUAAUGAAGUCACGGUGCGCAUUGCGGAGUAA